UCUCAAGGACAGUCGGGUGGGAGGACUCCCCCUAUCCCGUAGCAGCUGGCUUUUCCGGAACACCUUCCAGGCUUAGCUUGCUGAAGGAAUCCCCUCCCCGCCCCCCAGCAACUCCCCAGGGCCAGGCUGGGGCAGACUGUUCUGGGCUCCUCCGCAGUAGAGGCAGGGGAGGAGAGCUCAGAGCUCCUUCCCCCAAAGUCAAGGUUGCUUUCCCCACCCUGGUCCAGACCAACCGUGGGAAAGUGGCUACCUUGCCUCCCAGGGCCUCUCCCUCCAAGGCCUGGGCAAGAAGCCUUUGAAUACUCUGAUACUUCGCGGAGUCAGCAGUCUCUCCCCCGGCUCCCACUCCCGCCCAUUUCAAGCUGGGCUCAGCUCAGUGCGGGGUACAGCGGGUUCCUAAUCAGCCCCAGGUUUGAUAAGCUUCUGAUUAAAAGAGCUGUCCCUCCGGUCCCGCUGCUUUCACUGCUGCCCCUCCCAGGAGCCCCAAGGGAGGGGCCCCGAAGUUGCCGCUGCCCGUGGGUCUCUUCUAUAAGCAGGCGGCUUGGGAGCCUUGCCGACACCUGCAUCCUUGAGAUGGAGUUCGGGAACGCAGAGUUUAGGUCACCGGCGUGAGCUGCAUCCCGGCGCCAGCAGCUCUCGCUACCAGUGAUUGUGCGUGGCCUAAGGUCAUUGGCUGCUCUGCUCAGGAAUGGAGAAGGGGUACAGCACGGUCACUUUCGAUGGGGCACCCAGCUACGGCCACACGCCCCCGCACCACGCGGCUCAAUUUCCCAACCAUUCCUUCAAACACGAGGACCCCAUGGGUCAGCAGGGCUCGCUGGGCGAGCAGCAAUACUCGGUGCCGCCCCCGGUGUAUGGCUGCCACACCCCUACUGACAGCUGUACAGGCAGCCAGGCCCUGUUGCUGAGGACGCCCUACAGCAGUGACAAUUUAUACCAAAUGACCUCCCAGCUUGAAUGCAUGACCUGGAAUCAGAUGAACCUAGGAGCCACCUUAAAGGGAAUGGCUGCUGGGAGCUCCAGCUCAGUGAAAUGGACAGAAGGGCAGAGCAAUCAUGGCACGGGGUAUGAGAGCGAGAACCACACGACCCCCAUCCUCUGCGGUGCCCAGUACAGAAUACACACCCAUGGCGUCUUCCGAGGCAUUCAGGAUGUGCGGCGUGUAUCUGGAGUGGCGCCAGCUCUUGUCCGGUCAGCAUCUGAAACCAGUGAGAAGCGUCCUUUCAUGUGUGCAUACCCGGGCUGCAAUAAGAGAUAUUUUAAGCUGUCCCACUUACAGAUGCACAGCCGGAAGCACACUGGUGAGAAACCGUACCAGUGUGACUUCAAGGACUGCGAGAGAAGGUUUUCUCGCUCAGACCAGCUCAAAAGGCACCAGAGGAGACACACAGGUGUGAAACCCUUCCAGUGUAAAACUUGUCAGCGAAAGUUUUCCCGGUCUGACCACCUGAAGACCCACACCAGGACUCAUACAGGUGAAAAGCCCUUCAGCUGUCGGUGGCACAGUUGUCAGAAAAAGUUUGCGAGGUCAGACGAGUUGGUCCGCCACCACAACAUGCACCAGAGAAACAUGACCAAACUCCAGCUGGCGCUUUGA